CAUGUCAAGUUUCACAAUUAUAUAUAAGCCGUGCACAAUCCAGUUAAGCAAUUAAACUACUCGAUAAGUUGACAAAUAAUUUGUAUAUUAUAAGUGCGCAGCAUUACUAUAAGUGUUUUCAAUCAAUAAGAGACGCGCAUGGUAUGCAGCACCAUCGCUGACGAGCCAGUUGCGCUAAUGUGCCAAUGCCGCUCCAUGCGGUAAAAGAAUGUAAACAACCACUUGCACGGGUGCAACACGGCUGCACAGGUAGCUGCAUCUGGGCUGCGAGCAUCCUUGAGGUAUGCACAGCAGAUGCACCAGCGUGUGUGUGUGAUUAUCAGUAAGUGACUUUUAAACUCUUCAGACCUUGGCCGUCAUUUGCUCUGGUUUAAAUCUCUGAUCUUUCAUACAAUGGAGAUGGAAUUUUACAAAUCAGAGCGCGGGCGUUUGAUUUGCGCGGAACAGGAUGAUAAGAAACGCCAACCGGAGCCGUUGGAUUUCGAGGCUCAGGUGGCUCUGGAGAUUGAGAACAUCCGCCAGUCGGAGUCGCAGAUGUAUUACUUGAAGAUCGGGUUUAUUCUGUAUCCCGACACUCCAGUUCGACGUGAAGCAUCUGAACGUCUGCGGAAGGAAUGUGGUUUGCCAUCCCUAUUUAACCCGCCGGAAACUUCGCGUGAGCGUCAUCAGCGCAUGCUAGAACACAACAAGCGUGUGAUGGAGGAGGAACUCUGUUGUGUUGACUGCGAGAAUAAUGGUCCGGGUUCGUGUGGCCGUAUUUUGUACACCUUGGAUGAUGACGAGCCUGUUCCAAAUAUCUGGGGAUCUGGCAACCUCGAGGACUGGAAAGAGCCAGACUUAGACGUGGAUGACUGGUGGGCAGAGCACAAGCUCAAUUUUAAAGACCCGAUGGAAUUCUUGCCUGUGGACAUGCUGUGGGUGGACGAAGACUUCGGCUCCGAUCAGAAACCGAAGAAGAAGCGUAAGCACAUCGUUGUGCAGCGUCACCCUCUGCGUGGCAUUCCCCACAACUACUGGAAGUGAGGACUUUUGUUGAUCGGCCGUUCGUGUGUUUAAAUUGUGGUGUGAGAUUUAACUCUGUAUGAGCCCUUUUGUUGAAUCUCUGCUGUUCUGUGCCCUUUUGUGCGUCUUUAAUCAUGUCUGAGCACAAUAUGCUUAAUCAUGUAUAAUUUUAUAGCUGCUGCCUUUUAGCGUUUAAAACAAGUAUUGUUUUGCUCUCCUCCCAGUUGUGAUUGAGCCUACAGUUAUGGCUCUGUUUUCCAUGAAUUUUGUACUGAUGGAAUGAUCCGUAAUUUUAUAGCCUUUAAGUAUUCUGUAAAAAGGAAU